UGCUCCUGGCACGCCGGGACUAGCUGCUGGGAGCUCCCGCAAUCGCAGCCUCCGUCUUCAACGGCGAGCUGAACCGUUCUCCCCUCCUCGCCUUUUUUUUUACAGCCCCCCACCCCCCACCCCAAAGUCGGCCGCCUGCGCCCAUCCCGCCAAGAGGCGCGCGCCAUGGACCCCCCGCGGGCAGCGCCGCUCGCGCACAUUUUCAGAGGGACCUUCGUCCACUCCACCUGCACCUCGCCGAUGGUCAUCCUGCAAGGCCACCUGUUGGGUGUAGAAGAGAGCGGGAAGAUCGCAUUUUUUGAACCAGUUGAUGGACAAGACAAACUAGUGAAGAAGUGGGGAUUUAAAGCAUCUGAUAUACAAGAGCUCAGUAAUAAUGAAUUCUUCAUGCCAGGUUUGGUUGAUGCCCAUAUCCAUGCCCCACAGUAUUCCUUUACAGGGAUACGAGGAAAUAUGACUCUUUUGAAAUGGUUGGAAAAAACCACUUAUCCAGUAGAGGCUGAAUUCAAAAAAAUUGAUUUUGCUGAAGAAGUGUACACUAGAGCUGUGAGGCGAACACUCAAGAAUGGUACAACUACAGCUUGCUAUUUUGCCACAAUUCACACAGAUGCUGCUUUGCUUCUGGCUGACAUUAUAGAUAAAUUUGGCCAGAGGGCAUUUGUGGGUAAAGUUUGCAUGGAUAUCAAUGAAAGCUUCCCAGAAUACAAGGAAGCCACCAAAGAAUCAAUUGAGGAAACUGAAAGAUUUGUUCAAGGAAUACUGGGGAAAAAAUAUCCAAGAAUACUUCCUAUAGUAACACCCCGUUUUGGGCUAUCUUGUACAGAGGAGUUACUUAGUAGCCUUGGUAACCUGGCAGAGACUCAUGAUAUUCAUAUACAGAGCCACAUAAGUGAGUCUAAAGGGGAGGUCAGACUUAUAGAAAGCACGUUUCCACAUUAUCAACAUUAUACAGAGCUAUAUGAUAAAAAUAAGCUACUUACAAACAAGACUAUAAUGGCUCAUGGGUGCUAUCUCUCUGAUGAAGAGCUGGACAUAUUUAAACGUAGAGGAGCUGCCAUUGUACAUUGUCCUAAUUCAAACAUAUCAUUAAAGAGUGGCCUUUUAAACACAAGGAAGAUUCUGAACCACAAUGUAAAACUUGGAUUAGGCACAGAUGUUGCUGGUGGUUAUUCUGUUUCCAUGCUUGAUGCUAUCAGAAAUACGAUUGUGGUAUCUGAAGUCCUUCACCUUAAUAGUGAAACAGAUGAAAAAGGCUUAACUCUGAAGGAGGCAUUCCGACUAGCAACUCUUGGAGGAAGUCAAGCUUUAGGAUUAAAUCAUAUAAUUGGAAAUUUUGAAGUUGGCAAGGAAUUUGAUGCACUGCUGAUCAACGCCAAAGCUUCAGAUAGUCCUUUUGAUCUGUUUGCUUCUGACCAAAUUGAGGAUAUAAUUGAAAAAUUCCUGUACCUCGGUGAUGACAGAAAUAUCGAGGGUGUAUAUGUGGCUGGUAAACUGGUGGUUCCAUUUUCAAGCUCUGUGUAGAUUGGAUUCUCAUUUUGAAAAAUGCUCAACUAGUUAUUGUUUGGUUUGGAAAAACUGGGUAGAAAUGCAGUGCCUUGUUGUUAUGCUGAUUUUAUUUAGUAUGUUUCUGAUAUGCGCAAGAAAGGUUGUCAACUUGGCAGUGACACAAAACAAAAUAUAUGCCAAAAAUCUAUCUUGUUUGAGCAGGAUAGGAAGCAGCCUCAGUUUUUAAAAUAAAGAAGUGAACUUGCAUUUGGAACCAAUCUUUUCACCUACACCUUAAUAAGAAUAUCCAGAGAUGGUUGCAGAAUGUAUUUCCUCUCUUCAAAUAUAAAAACCCAAGUCCUAAAAAUGUAUCCGAUGAGAAUUUAGGGAUCUUAUUUGUGAAUAUAUUAUUACUCUCUGACUUAGAAACAAAACAUACUUGUUUUGGGUGGUGUCCAUUUUCUACAAUUUUCCUCCUUGAAUAGACAUCACGUGAUCUUGGCAGGGUUGCCCAAUCAGGAAUGGAAAAAUCUGUUUUUUCUCUUCUGGGGAGUGACAUGUCUUCUGAAACUUUCACCACCUUUAUACUCAUACAUUUGUGAUUUGUCCACUUAGAGUGCAGAUUGCUUAACUGCAAAUAUGAGGAGGAUAUAAAUGAGGAUAUGAAUGUGGCUAUGAAGGAGGAUAUCAAAAGAAGAGUCAGAUCCCGUGUUCAUAGUUUAUGUCACCCAGGAUGGCUUUGUUCACACAUAAUGCAAAGCUGUUAUAUGGCUAAUUUAAAUUUGGAUUAAUAUGAUGGAUUCAUUAUGCAUGCGUUUCAAGUGAGAAAAAGGCCCUUUUUAAUACGAGGAUAAGGCUAUAGCCUUGAUAUUUUACUGAUAUGGGUCAAUUGGGUGCAAUCUAAUUGGAAGUGUUUGUUCAAAUUGUAAAUUCAUUCUUACCCUACAGUUCAAAGCAAUCAGGACAAUCAAAUCAAUAUGUAAAAGGGGGCUUUUGUUUUAGAACCCGAUCUCUUAAUAUUUGUAUAACUGCACUAUUCCUAUGUAUAUGAAGUACAUAGGAUAAAUACUGAGUAGGUAAUGUUAAAAAUAUUGUUUUUUUUAUUUUGCAAAGAGAGAUGACAGGUAUAAAUAUGAUAGGUUUGCACAAAACACCUUUGGAGGAAUGUAUGCCUUUUAGAAUCAUUAUUGGUAUUUUAGUUUUGGGGAAGAUAAUUUUAGGAGAACUCUACUGUGCAGCGGUGGCCUCUGAGAGAUUCUCAGUGGGAAAUAAACUUUUGUUCAUAAUUGUAUAAAUAAAAUAGAACACUUUUUAAAGGGAUAUGUCUCUAAAUGUUUUGGAAAGCUUGUUGAAAACUGUCAACUAUCUCUCAGCACGUGUGAUGCCUUCUUCAUUCACCUCUUUGUUCCCUCUCAGCAUGAAGUUUAGCUGAAAAGGUUGGGACAAUCAGAAAAAGAGCCUUGGAAAUUUACUUGGGAGAAAAGAGAAGCCCAAAUGUCUGUUUUGUGAGCAAGAAGCAUUUUGAAUGACAAAUUGAAAUUAUUUGAAUUUCCAUCUUACUGUACCAUUUAUUAACCUUCCGUUUGAAAAUAUUAAUGAGAAUGAAUAUAAUUUGUGCUUUGUAGAGUUAGUUGAAUGAUUUUGGUGUGGCAGUUGGAUUUCAGCAGUAUAAAAUGUUGACUUAGCUUUAAUAUGCAUGCUUUACAAUAUUUACAAAACAGAAGGCUAGGGCAACUCAGGAAAGGAACUGCACUUUAUUCACUUAUCUAUUUUAUUUUUUCAAAAUAGUAAGUCUGUGCAUUUUUUGCACAAUAAAGGAGGAAAAAAGGUCUAACCUCUGCAUUUAUGCCAAAAAUAAACUUUUAUUCCUGCUGAUAAAAAAAAUAAGUCAAAUAUGCAUUGGAAGUCAAGGAAGGAGAAAUAUAAUAUUUCACAGAACUAUAUUUGUUGCACUAAGAAGUUAGACUUGAUUUUGGUUUAUAGACAAAGUUUAUGAGUAUCAGCAUGUUAGAGAGCUAGCCAUGAAAUAUGAUGGUUAAACCAUGGCUUAACAUGAUCUGUUAACCUAUUACAGGCCUCAUUCAUAAGAUAUGCUAAAAAUUGUCUUUAUAUUAUUUUAAUACAUACUACAGAGUAAAUAAUAUAUACUGUAUCAAUAAUAUACUAUUUAAUUAUAUUAAACUAAAAAUAUAUUUAUACAUAUGUGUUGAUGAAGUCAUAUAAAAUUGAAAUGGAGGAAUAAAGAAAAGAGGAAAAGGCUUGGAAAAUUAAAUAAUAAACAAUUUAAGACAGAACAAAACUUUCAAGUCUUCUUUACAAAUAUACAAAUUCAUUUUUUCCGACAAACCGAAUAAGCGAUAGAUUAGCAUCACAUACAAGUCCAAUUGCCCAGUUGGAUGGACUUUGUUCUUAGUGUGAAAAGAAGUAUGUGUUUGGAGUAGAAGUGAAGGAGUAAACAUUCUCAUUUAUACUCUUUGGAAAAACCAAUUACCAGGAUACUAUGUCGUGCUGUUGAUAUUGCCUGUCAUGUAUUGAUUUCCAUCACAACCUAAAACCAUUCAAGUACAUUUCUCAUCUCUUGUUUUGUCUGGUCCUCAAAUCAAUGUGACUAAAAGUAUGAUCCUUUAAAUGUUAUCUGUUUAUAAAAGUAUAACAUUAUCAUAUCACUAAUAGAUUUGGAAAGCCGCUUGGAUUUAUUUGUUGCUAAUGACAGCAGGAAUGUGUAGGAAAGAAGUUGGCCUCAGCCAACUGAGGGGUCAAAAUGGUCAAAGUGGCGGUUGUGGAGUCUGAAUUGAAGCCCCGCCUCUUUCCCUACACUUCCUGCAGAUAGAUGGUUUUCUCUUUUUCACCACUUUUCAAUCUUGGUAUGAAGAGUGCUUGGCAUGAAGAGUGCUAUAAUUUUAUUGUACAGCUUUUGGUUGAUGAAAAAAUAAAUAAUGUGAAUUAAUCUUACCAGAUUUUUAUUUUUCUGACUGUAUACUUUCAAGGUGAGAAGUACAACCCUUCCUCCCCAAAAUAAUGCGUUGCUGUGUAUUCCAAUGGCUUGAUUGUCAGUAAUUAUAAAUGAGCCCCUCUGUGCUUGUUUAACAGAAUAAAGAAAGAUAUGUUUACUAUG